AGAAACAUUGCACAAUGCAUUUGCUGAAGUGUUGCUUGACUCGAAUGUAAAAUGUUCUUAUCUCACACAUUACAAGGUUUGUGAUGUCGAGAGAGCAGCAAUUAUAGGAAAGAAAAUAGAACAAAUUAUUUGCAAGUCAGCUGUCAGAAUGUGAUAAAAAUAAAGCUGUGAAUGUGAUUUUCAUCUAAAUUAGAUCUGCUGAUUGAGUGGUUUGGACAUGAGUAAUACAGAAAGAAUUAUCAAUGAGAGACAGAUGGUGGCUGCAUAAUGCAUUAAUAAAAUACUGAACAUGUAUUAAAGGUGCAGUAAGUGAUUUCUGAGAAACACUGUUCAUAUGCGAAAUCAACAAAAAACGAACUCUCCCUUCUAGGGUUGUCAAAAGAGCUAACUUCGGUACCAAGUUGGUACUGAAAUUGUAAAAAUAUGACUUACCAGCUGUGGCAGGGGGGGCGUGGUUCAGCGGAGUCUGCAGCGGGAGAGAGAGGGAGGAGACGCGCGGUGUCUGAGUGGAUUAGACACAAAUAUUAAACACCUGUCUCUUGUUUCAGUAAUUGGCGUGGAGAGAGUAUUUAACGCCAGGAGAAACAGGAGCCUGCGAGAGAGAGAAGGACUACUGGCUGUUCCCCCACUCCUGGAUGUCUGUUGGAUGGAGUGAAAGUCUGACGAUUAGGUUGAUUGUUUUGUGCCUGUUUGCACGCUGUUUUUGUGACUUUAUUAUUUUGGUGUCAAUAAAACAGCCAGUAGUCACCUGCCGACCCUGUCCUCUUUCCUCCUUACCUACGAACAUUGUUACACUGGUGCCGAAACCCGGGAGGAAAGAUGGAUGCCGCCGCCAUGCCCGAGUCCUCCGCCGCGCCAUUUGCGGAUCUGAUUACAUCCCUCGCGGUCAUGCAACAUGAUCAACAUCAGGCCCUGCUGGACUUACGUCAAGAGGCAUUCCUUGAUCUUUUUGAGACCUCGGCCGAGAUCUCUGGAUGGCCGCGGGACCAGUGGCCGAUGCGCCUGGUCCCCUUGCUCUCCGGGGAGUCCCAGGUCGCGGCGCAGCAGCUUCCGGUGCGGAGCCUCCUGGACUACAACGACCUCAAGAGGGCCAUCAUCCAGCGGGUCGGCCGGAGUCCGGAACAACAUCGCCAGCGCUUCCGCUCCCUGGAGCUGGGCGAGUCCGGCCGGCCCUUUGUGAUGGCCCAACAGCUCCGGGACUCCUGCCGCAAAUGGUUGCUGGCCGACGGAAGUGACGUGGAGGAGAUCAUCGACCGAGUGGUACUGGAGCAGUUUGUCACUCGGCUUCCGAGGAGAACCGCCGAGUGGGUCCAGUGCCACCGCCCCACGUCGCUGGAGUCGGCUAUCCAACUUGCGGAGGAUCAUAUGGUGGCGUGCCCCGGGGUCGGCGAACCCCUGCCAUCAGCCUCUCUCUCUCCCUCUUUUCCAUCUCCUUCUCUCUCUCGCCCUGUCCCUUUACCCAGGUCUCGUCCACCCGGCCCUCGAGUCCCGCCCCGGGGGCGGGGCGGGAAUGGUCACAUUCCCCAUUCAACUCCCAGAGUCCCGCCCAGGGGGGCGGGACUGGCACCAGCCGGGGUGGACACGGCUCCUGUGUCUCCGCUCUCUCCACGCCAGCCGUCUGAUCCACUCUCCGCCACUGAAGCGGCGGGGAGGUCUGGGCCGGCCUGUUGGCGUUGCGGGGACCCGGGCCAUUUCGUGGACAGGUGUCCUGUAAUGGAGGUGGGAACAAUGGUCCGGGUCCCGGAUGCCCCGCAGGCUGCCCCCGGUCAAGCUGGGUGGUACCAAAUACCUUAAUUGGCGUGGAGAGAGUAUUUAACGCCAGGAGAAACAGGAGCCUGCGAGAGAGAGAAGGACUACUGGCUGUUCCCCCACUCCUGGAUGUCUGUUGGAUGGAGUGAAAGUCUGACGAUUAGGUUGAUUGUUUUGUGCCUGUUUGCACGCUGUUUUUGUGACUUUAUUAUUUUGGUGUCAAUAAAACAGCCAGUAGUCA